GACGUGCGCUCUCCGGAAUCUCGUCAGAGGGUUGAUUGUGUUGAUUGUGUUGAAGAGAAAACAAACACAGCAGACGGACACACACUCACUCACAGCUGGACCCUCCGGAGAGGCGCCAUGGCCGUGGGGCGAUGAAACAGCGGGAGUCAUGGCGCGUCGCCAGCGGAUAACCGAGCUCUGUUCGCUCUCUGCACUGCUCCAGCUCGGCUUGUUGCUUCCGCUGCUGCCGGGUCUCUGCGGCGGGACACCACUGCAACAAUGUCCCGGAGGAAGGUCGUGUGGACCGGCGAGACCACCGGUGGUCCUCGUUCCCGGGGACCUGGGGAACCAGUUGGAGGCGAAGCUGGAUAAACCCAGUGUGGUUCAUUACAUCUGCUACAAGAAGACCGACACCUUCUUCACCCUGUGGCUCAACCUGGAGCUGCUGGUCCCGGUGGCCAUCGACUGCUGGAUCGACAACAUCAGGUUGAUCUACAACCGGACCACACACAGCACCAUGUCCCCUCCAGGCGUGGACAUUCGUGUCCCAGGGUUUGGACAGACGUAUCCCAUGGAGUACCUGGACCCCAGCAAACGCACUGUGGGCAUGUAUUUCUUCACAAUAGUGCAAGCGCUGGAAGAGUGGGGAUACACCAGAGACGAUGACGUCAGAGGAGCUCCCUAUGAUUGGAGGAAAGCCCCAAAUGAGAAUAAAGAGUAUUUCCUGGCGCUGCAGAAGAUGAUUGAAGAGAUGGCAGAGAAAGCGGGGGGGCCCGUGGUGCUCAUCGCUCACAGCAUGGGCAACAUGUACACCUUGUACUUCCUCAACCAGCAGCCUCAGGCCUGGAAGGACAAGUACAUCAAGGCUUUCAUCUGCCUGGGGGCCCCUUGGGCCGGCGUCGCCAAGACCCUGCGCGUCAUCAUCUCCGGUGACAACAACCGCAUCCCAGUGAUCAGCCCGCUGAAGAUUCGCUCCCAGCAACGUUCUGCUGUCUCCACCACCUGGCUGCUCCCCUAUGCCCACUCAUGGCCCAAAGAUCAGGUCCUGGUGCAGACGCCCUCCACCAACUACACCGCACAGGACUACAAGCGUCUCUUCUCCGACAUCGGGUUUGAGGACGGCUGGUCGAUGCGUCAGGACACGGAGCCGCUGGUGGAGCACCUCACCCCCCCCGGCGUGGCCAUCCACUGCUUGUUCGGCAGCGGCGUCGAGACAUCCGAGGCCUUCCGGUACUCGGACAAGUUCCCCGACGUGGAGCCCACGGUGGUGGCUGGCGACGGGGACGGGACGGUGAACCUGCGCAGCGCCGUCCAGUGCAAGCGGUGGGUGGGGAAGCAGAAACAGCCCGUGACGCUGAAGGAGCUUCCGGGGAAUGAACACGUGAACAUGUUGUUGAACUUUACGACUGUGGCUUACAUCAAGACCGUGCUGUUCUCCCCCUGAGGCUGGAAGACGCUGAGGGGCAGGGGGACCCCGCUGUAACUGACUGAUCGUCUCUGUCUCUCUGAGCGGUGACCACCAAAAUAUCCCAUAAUAACUGCCACAGUAAGAAAGUGUUGAAAGUUUAUAGUAGGAUUACAGAAGGAAAUUUUUUCAAUUAAUUUUAUACCUGAAAUUAUUCGAUUUAUUUUAACGUCACGUUGUUUACUGUUGGUCACGCCGGAAUAUUGUGACUUUUUUUUUAUCUUUCUCAGAAUUUGAACAAACCUAAGAUUUGACCUACAUGUCAAACAAACAGGGAUGAACCAGGGUGCGAGCGGCUGCGUGAGUUCUUAUCAACAUCAGGUCUUUUAUCAGUGUUGUGAAGAGAUUUCUGUGACUCUAAUGUUGAGAGGCUUAAUGGUCAGGCACAUAUUUUAUUCAUCAUUUCUCUGUAUUUGAAUAUUUGAAUGGUUUAAAACACGCUCUGUAUAUAAAGUGGACAACGCAUCUCCGCUUCCUCCUGUUGUACAAAGAUGGAGCUGAAGUAUUGUGGAUUUGUGUUUCAGUAUUUGUUGCCUGUGUCUGUGACGUAGUGAUUGUGGUGCGGAGCUCAUGACCCGUACUGCAGCCAGCCACCAGGGGGUGAUCAAGAUAAUUUGGCUUCACUAUUUGUGGAGCCAUCACGCCGUCCAUCUUUAUAUACAGUCUAUUAAUUUACCAUCAUUUCAUUUCUGGUGAUCUUUUUGUUGUUGCAUGCAGCCAAGCUUUAAGACCCCGAUCCUCCAUGAACGGCCUUGUUUCUAUUUUUGUUUGUGUAACAUGAGCUGUUAACUUAGGGGUUCAAACUAUGAGUUGGCAAGAAGUGCCUCUGUACACACAGUUUUUACAUCUCUCUGUAUGAUCUAUAUAUUUAGACUUUUCUCUACAUGUUCUUCUUAAUCUCAGAGUGAACCGGGUUCCUCGACUGGGCUGGAUUCAUACAGGCAUGAACUGGGUGGUCUUUUAUUUCAUAUUGGAGGUUAUGGUUUUCUCAUUUCUUCUGUUUUAAACCAGUCUGUAAAUAAAGAUGGACGACGCGCCUCCACUUCCUCCCGUUGAACAAGGAUGAAACUGAACGUUGCCAUCUUGGUCUGGUGGCUCCAUUCAGAGUCAGUCAGCACAGUACUGAUCCUGAUCAGCCCGUUUUUUGCAGCAACAAUUAAAACCAAAGUUAAUGGAAACUUCAAAGAGGGAUUAGAACCUAAAAAUGACAAACCAUCCCAUCCAUGGCCACUAGGGGUCGAACAAGAUGAUUUGGCUUCCCUAUAACAGGAGUUAUCAUGUCGUCCAUCUUUAGAUACAAUUGUACGUGAUUCCUUGUCCUCGAAGAGUUUCAGCCCGAAUCUAACUCUCUUGGGUGAUCGUCCUCGUGCCAUUGACAUAAUCUAACAAUCAUAUCUGCUGUGAACUAUCGUGAGAUUGUGUGUAAUGAACGUGUGUUGCCUUCUACACAGUAAAAUAUCUCAAAUGUUA